GGUAUUACAACACAAUAUCAGACAUGCAGAUGCUACGCGCAAAGCCUUUCUGCGGGGCGACCCCGUGCGCCCGGCCAACACGGGUGCUACGGAUAAAUGCCGCUCAGCAGCAAUCACCGCUCAAGACGCUAGCAAUUAAGCGCGAUGAGCAGGCCGAGGCCUCACCAUCAGUUCUACCACUUGCAUCCCUCGCGGCGCUUACCACGCUGUUUACCGCGAGCCGCGCUAUGGCCGUCGAAGUGCCGGAAGUUUCCGCUGAGGACAUUACCAUCAUGGCCGCGAGCCAGCCGGAUGCCGGCAUUCAGUCCAUCAUCGUGGGCCUGCUGUUCGGCACCGUUGUGGCGCUGCUGCUGGUCGUGACGGGAGGGGUGGCCUACAUCAACAUCAAGCAGUGGCUGGACGCGCGCCAGGAGAAGGAGGACCGCGACAAGGAGAAGGCGGCACCCGCGGCCGCCGCCAGCAGCAGCGCCGCCAAGUCGAGCGGCAAGGAGGAGGACCCCAACGCGGUGGUGCCGCUCAAGCGCGCCAACCGCAUCAAGAAGGAGAAGGGCAAGGGCUUCGCCGCCGCCGACCAGUUCACCAGCCGCCGGUGAUCCUAUGGAGCUGUGCAGUGGCUUGCUGGUGGGGCGCAGAAUGCGGGGUGACAAGUUUUUGCGACUGGAGUGCGGGACGAGGGAGAGUGUGCGUGUAUGUGUGUGUGGUUGGAGAGAGGCGUGGGGUCUGCUUUCGGGUCCGCGCACGAAUGGGUGGGCGGUGCUGCUGGGCGAGAGGGCGUUUGGCCGCUUGUCUAGAUGGCAGGGCCUGCAAUUAUGAAUCUUGUGGGCUGCGGAUGAUCUACGGUGCGUGCCGGCCGCGUUUUUGCGACAUGGAGUGGAGGUGGAGGCGAUCGGGGGGCGAGGGAAGAUAGGGCAUCGUCAGGGUCCUGUAGUGGCGGUGCGGGGUUGUAGGCGGCAAGUCCGGACACAUAGACGGGCAGUGGCGGGUCCAGCGCAAAGCCACCGGCCAAGCGCAAAAGCGUGGUUUGAUCGGCUGCGUUGAGAUCUUGGUCCGGUUGCUGGUCUUGCAGUGUUGACCUGGUGACGGAUCGGCGAACACUGGGGAUGCGGAGGGUGGAAGGAGGGGACCCGGCAUGGUGAUUGCCCGGCCUCUUGAGGCACUAUCCCGCUGAUUGUUACGGAAUUGUUGUGAAUAAACAUCCACGACG